UCUGAGUGCAACAUGUUCCGUUCGAAAGAGAUCUAUGCGGGUGUGAGAAUCAGCUUCCUACUGCUUUGCCUGGCGAUCCUGCUGAUGCACAACCCCGUCGAUGCCCGAUGGACCCGGAGGCCGAGGCGCACCACCACGCCCAGGAGUACGACAAAGAAUCCGGAUCGCCACCAGCAUGUGCACCACUGGCCACCACUGGUACCACCAACGGCCCAGCCCCAACCACAUCCCCAAGUUGUUGUGGUGCAAAAACCCAGCUACACAGAGUCGAGUCCUCGCCUAAUCGACAGCUUCGAUCAGAGAUCAAUCGACGGGCAGUAUGAGUUUAGAUACCAGCUGGACAACGGGAACACCCGCUACGAGCGCGCCUACUGGCUGCCAGUGGGCAAGGACCUCGUCCUGGCCAAAAAGGGCUACUACUCGGUGCCUCUGCCCAAUGACAAGUACUCGACGGUGUUCUACACAGCCGACCAUCGUGGCUACCAUGUUGACAUGCAGACAUUAUCAGAGGAGCAGCCGCUGUUGCCGCGGAACCUCGAAGUGUCCGGAAUGGAGAGGGAAAUGGGAACGGCAACGGGAGCGGCAACGGGAGCGGGAACGGGAAAGGGUUCCGAAAUGGGCACGGGUGCGGGGUCUAAGCGAAAUUCAAUAAGCGACCCGGAGCGUAACGAGCUGGAUAUGGAAGUGGAUGAGAAUGUGGACGCAAGUGAAGCUGGCACCGAGCUGGUUCCUAAUGCUGUAAACCAAGUCGAAACCCAAACCGAACCAUCAACUUUGGCCAACGACAUUUUGGCAACUGAAGCACCAGCCGACAGCCACGUUGAGGAUGAUGACGAUGUUGAUGAUGAUGAAGGCGCCUCAAACUGAAAGCCAGAACAUUAGAGGACAUUUCGGCAUAUACAGGAUGGUGGAUGGUGGAUGGUGGAUGGUGGAUGAAGGGCCUGGAUGAAGGGACUGGAUGAAAGGACACACACACUUGGCUGAGUCGCAGCUCGCUCUACUUGCUGCAAAUCAAAUUGAAAACAAUUGUUGCAGUCAGCAGUCGGACACAGUUGAGUUGGCCAGUAGUCACGGCAUCCCAAGGAGGGGGACAAGUCAACUCGACUCCACUUAACUCCAUCUUCAUCUUCAUCUUCAUCUUGCAGUUCAUGGGGAAUGUGUCUCAAUUGGUCGCUUGACAGCUCCUUCUAGCUCCCUUUUCCUUUUAUAUAUGAUAGAUUUCUUUUUUUUUUUUUGCAAUAUUCAAUAAAAAUAAA